ACAAAAUCCGCAUUACCCAGGACCUUAUACUACCGAAAUGCCUCGACAACGAUCCAUAACGUAUCAGCAGAAGCUAGCUCUUCGAGAGCAACGCCAGCUACAGCCAAGGGCUUCAAAUCUUGACCUCAAGCAAUGGUUUGAGAAGAAAUACGACCAACCAGUCUCUAACCUUAUCCGUCUCCGACAUUUAGCAUGGCUGGCUAUCUGACUUCCAUCACCGCCGAUCGAUCAAGUCUCGCGUACACCAUGGAGAGUGCGGAAGGAUCCGUCAAGAAGCCGAGCAAGAGACGGUUACAAUAGGUCAAGUCCUCGGCCAUUAUUCAGAGAAAGAUAUCUACAACUGUGACGAAUCUGGGCUCUACUGGAAGCUAAUUCCUGACCGAAGCCUUUCGACGAGCUCAGUCCCUGGGAGAAAACGAAAUGAAGCACGAAUAACAGCUUACUUCUGUUGUAAUGCCGACGGCUCUGAUCGAUUACCGCUCUGGUUUAUCGGUACAGCAAAAACUCCUAGAGCCGUCCAAGCGGCAGGAGUUCAUAUUCAAUUCCUGAAUAUCGUAUGGAGAUCGAACCGUACUGCAUGGAUGACAGGCCCU